AUGCAUCCCAGUGCUCUUGUUGGCCUGUUGGCCUUCGCCGCCGCGGCAUCGGCUGUUCCCACCGAACCUCGCCAGGCUCACUCGUCUUCUUCCAUUGACAACCUGAAGUCCAAUGUCAAGAAUGUCGUUGUUCUCGUUAUGGAGAACCGCUCUGUGGACAAUCUCCUGGGUGGCCAGACCAUUCACGGUCUGGACAACCCGAUCAACAAUGGUCCUUUCUGCAACCCCUACAAUGUGACCGAUCCUUCUCAAGGAUACCACUGCACCACUGCGAAGGACUACGACUCUGUGACUGAUGAUCCUAGUCACGCCGUUACUGGUAACACUAUGGAGUUCUUCGGCCAGUGGACCCCCGACAAUGCAAUGAUUGCCGAUGGCAAAUUGGUCCCAAACAACAAUGGUUUCAUUCACGAGCAGAUCCACAACCAUGGCGCGACCGCCAACGAGACUGUGAAGGCUAUGCUGGCCAAGCAGGUCAUGAACUACUACACUGAGGAGCAGACGCCUGUUAUGACCUCUCUUGUCCAAAAUUUCCUGACCUUUAACCACUGGCACUCUGAUGUCGCCGGUCCUACCGACCCUAACCGUUUCGCCGUCGUUGCUGGUACUUCCGCUGGCCAUGGUAGUAAUGACCACACAUUUGGUACCUAUGCGUUUACCCAGCGCUCUAUCUUCCAGCAGCUGGGUGAGACCAAUCACACCUGGCUCAACUACUGGGACAUCGCUGGUGGUACCGGCCCUGAAGCCCACUGGUUUGCCUGGACGAAGGCUACCAACAACACGAACAAGGUUGUUCCAAUGACCCAGUUCCACGCCGAUGCCGCUAAUGGAGUUCUGCCUGAGUUCUCUUACCUGAACCCCUCCUGCUGUGGCGUUGGCACCACCUCCAUGCACGACAGUGGGUUGAUCUCCGACGGCGAGGCUUUUAUCAAGCAGGUAUAUGAGUCUCUCCGUGCCAGCCCCCAGUGGGAGGAGACACUCUUCGUCUUGACUUUCGAUGAGAGCGGUGGCUUCCACGACCACGUUCCUCCCCCUCUGGCCAUUCGCCCUGACAACCUGACCUACACCGAGAAGGCUCCCAAUGGUGAAGAAUACACCCUUGAGUUCAACCGUCUGGGUGGCCGUAUUCCCACUCUCCUCAUCUCCCCCUGGGUUAGCAAGGGCUACGUUGAGCAAAAGGGUACCAGUCACCAUGGUCAGACUGUGUCCUACUCGGCCACUUCCAUCCUCCGCACCCUUGGCUACCUUUGGGACUUUGAGCCCUUCAACCCUCGUGUUGAGAGCGCUGCCUCAUUCGACCACCUGAUCCGGAACUCCCCUCGUAAGGACGCCCCCAUCAAUCUUCCUACUCCCCAAAAGUUUUCCAGCAAGAUGCGCAAAUAA